AUGACUUUCGAGGAGGUGGCUGUGUACUUCACCAAGAAUGAAUGGAUCCGCCUGAGCCCUCCUCAGGAGGCCUUGUACAGGGAUGUGAUGCUGGAGAACUAUGAGGCUGUGGCCCUCCUGGCAGGGCCACCUGCUUCCAAACCAGCUCUGAUUUCUCAACUGAAGAAAGGGAAAGCGCCGAUGUUCAGCUGCAAGAAUUGGGACGAUCUGGACUCCGAUGAAGAAGAAUUGGAAUGUGGGGAUGCUGAGACGGGGGAUGAAGGCGCCGAGGAGGAGGAGGAAGGGGCUGAGGAGCGCCCGCCCCUUGGGGCCAUCCCGGUAACAGACUGCUUAUUUUGUUCCCAUCAUUCAAGCUCUCUGAUGAGGAAUGUGGCGCAUAUAACAAAAGCUCACAGCUCCUUUGUUCCCGAUGUAGAAUAUCUUUGUGAUCUGAAGGGACUGAUUCGCUAUUUGGGGGAGAAAGUUGGGGUGGGGAAGAUUUGCUUGUGGUGCAACGGGAAAGGGCGGUCCUUCUAUCCCACAGAAGCCGUGCAGCCCCACAUGAACGACAAGAGCCACUGCAAGCUCUUCACAGACGGCAACGCUGCCCUGGAAUUUGCCGACUUCUACGACUUCAGGAGUAGCUAUCCAGAUCAUAAGGAAGGGGACGACUCCGAGGAGGCCUUGCCCUCGGAAAAGAACGUGGAGUAUGAUGACGAAACCAUGGUGCUGGUUCUACCUUCUGGUGCCAGAGUGGGCUAUCGCUCCGUGAUGAGGUACUGCAGACAGCGGUUUGGUCUGUCGAGAGCCGUGACGGUUGCUAAAAACAAGGCAGCCGUGGGCCGAGUCCUCCAGCAGUACCGAGCCCUGGGCUGGACUGGCAGCACAGGUGCAGCCCUCAUGCGAGAGCGGGACAUGCAGUAUGUCCAGAGGAUGAAGUCCAAGUGGAUGCUGAAGACGGGCAUGAAGAACAAUGCCACCAAGCAGAUGCAUGUCAGGGCCCAAGUGAGAUUCUGA